AUGGAAUUUCAGAGUUCUGCCCAGCUCAUCGUGUACGGUAUUCUGGUAUUUCUGGGGAUUUUGGGCAAUAUACUGGUGUUGGUGACAAUAAUAGCCACAUCCACGGAAUACCACAGCCUUGCUGCUUCGGACAUCAUUCUAGCGAACCUCGCUGCUGUCAAUCUACUGAUUUCAACUUUUCGAAACAUCCUGCUCUUUAUUGUGGAGUCGGGAGUAAAAAUGUCCCUGAACCUCAGCUGGUGCAAAGUGUUCAUGUUCCUUUGGCUGUGGCUGAAGUGUGUUAGCGUUUGGGUCACUUUCUGUCUCAGUUGCUUCCACUUUCUGAAGAUAAAACAACACUUCCAUCUGAGCACAAAGAUGAAGGAGAUCAUCCAUGUGCUGGUGAUCUUAAGCGGGGUGUGGUUUGUGAAUUUUAUCUACUCCAUCCCUGCUUUUGUUUUCACCGAGAAGGUCGGCGUGAACCACACCAAGAAGCUGAUGUUGGUAAGCACCACUGAGGAACCUUUCCUCUCCUGCUCCUGGAAGUUUCCGUCUCAGCAACACGGCAUCGUAUUUGCAGCAGUCUCUCUCAUCCUGCAUGAGUUCCUGCCCAUUGUCCUGAUGAUUGGCACCAACCUCAGCACCGUGUAUUAUCUCAACGAGCACAUCAGGGCGAUUGCAGAUGAUCACCUACACAGCGUGCAGGUGGAGCGGACAGCAACAAAGUUGAUCAUGGCUUUGGUCUCACUCUUUGUCCUGUGUUCGGGCACACACUUGGUGGCAGUGUAUUACUACAACCACAAUGGUGGCCCUGCCACAGACUUCUUGUUGACUUUGGCAAACUACUGUGCUGCAGUCUUUAUAGGUUUCAGCCCCUUGAUGAUGGCUGCAGGUCACAGUAAACUUCGGAAUAAAGUCUGCAGCGUGUUACACAUUAACAUCUCAUCGAGUUAA